AGUUUCGAUAACACCAACGUCGAGGUGACGGUUGAAUAUAAACGUGAGCCUAUAUUAAAUAUAUCACAAAUAUCAAGAUAAAAGGAAAGGAAAAUGUUAUGUAAAAUUGUUUUUCUUUUUAUUGUAACAAGUCUCGUAUCAUAUGAAUGUAAGAAGCACAAUGUUCGACGAGAUGUAAGGAAAUUUCCGGAUGGAUUUCUAUUUGGAACUGCCACUGCCUCUUAUCAAGUAGAAGGAGCAUGGAACGAGGAUGGGAAAGUGGAAAACAUAUGGGAUCAUUUAACACAUACCCAGCCCUGCAUCAUCAAGGAUUGUUCUAAUGGCGACAUCGCUGAUGACUCUUACCAUUUGUACAAACGCGACGUGGAAAUGAUGCGAGAGUUAGGACUUGAUUUUUACAGAUUUUCACUAUCUUGGUCAAGAAUUUUGCCCACAAGUUUCCCUGAUAAAAUAAACGAAGCAGGUGUUCAAUACUACAACAACUUAAUCGAUGAAUUGCUUAAAUAUAAUAUACAACCAAUGAUUACUAUUUACCACUGGGAUUUACCACAGAAACUUCAAGAAAUGGGUGGCUGGACUAAUCCACAUAUUGUCGAUUGGUUUGGUGACUAUGCUAGAACAGCAUUCCAGCUUUUCGGCGAUAGAGUAAAAUACUGGAUCACUAUAAAUGAGCCCUAUCAAGUGUGUAAACUGGGUUACGGUGAUGUUAAAAUGGCGCCAAUGCUUAAUAUCCAAGGCGUGGCGGAGUACAUGUGCGCCAAAAACUUACUCUUAGCUCAUGCGAGGGCUUAUCAUAUUUAUGACGAGGAGUUUAGAUCAACACAAGAAGGUGUUAUUUUUAUUUCAUACAACGCUGAGUGGCAUGAACCGGCAACUGACAAUGACACUGACGCUGCUAAUGAAGUCAACGAUUUUCAGUGGGGCCAAUAUACUCAUCCUGUAUUCUCGGUGACGGGUGACUUUCCGCCUUCUAUGAAAAAAAAGAUAGCAGCUAAAAGUGCAGCUCAAGGCUAUCCUAGGUCUAGGCUUCCUGAAUUCACUCCUGAAGAAAUUACAUACAUACGCGGUAGUUCGGAUUAUUUCGGACUAAAUCAUUACUCAACGUAUUUAGUAUACAGAAACGAAUCUGUGUAUGGUUAUUAUGAUUCUCCGUCUUAUGGCGAUGAUUUAGAAGCCUUGGUUUACCAGAAAAAUGAUUGGAAAAUUGGUGAAUCUAAUUUUACAAAGUAUAUACCGUGGGGCUUCUACAAGCUUUUGACAAAAAUUAGGAGAGAUUACAAUAAUCCUCCGAUUUAUAUAACUGAAAACGGCUUUCCUACUUAUGGCGGACUGAAUGAUGAAGAUCGCGUGACAUACUACAAAGGAUACUUAAAUGCGAUGCUGGAUGCCAUUGACGACGGGUCGGAUGUUAGAGCGUACACGGCUUGGAGUUUAAUGGAUAAUUUCGAGUGGAUGCAAGGAUAUACAGAGCGUUUUGGCCUGUACGAGGUGGACUACGAGAGCCCUGAGCGCACGCGCACGCCGCGCAAGUCCGCCUUCGUGUACAAGCAGAUCCUGCGCACGCGCGAGCUCGACUGGCACUACGAGCCCGACACCGACGUCAUGACCAUAGAUGAGGGACACUAAAAUAUAUUAAUAAAUAAAGUUUAUUUAUAAAAAAUGCGCUAAAUAGCAAGCAGUGACGAUGUUAUUAAUGUCAAAUAUAUCAUAUAUUAGCACCAAUUUUCUUCUAUAAUAAUUCUGUAGACACUUUUGCACACAAAGUCAAAAAUCAAUAUCAAAAGCAUUUUAUUCGGUUUAGGCUUAUUUAAAGCUCCAAUGAACGUUAAAAUCAACUGAAGUUAUUUUUUUACUUUUACCACCGGUUCGAUAUUUAUAGCAUACAAUAUAGCACAAUAAUUAUAUUGGAAAAAAAAAAAUAGGUGAAGAAAGGCUGCACUUAGAUAUAAACUUAUGAGGGAGUGGUUAAUAAAGGUUUAAUUAAUGAGAGUAGGAUUACGCUCAUAGAAGGAGGCCCAAUGCUUAAAGUAGAAUUGAACAGCAGUAAAAAAGUUUACUGCAAAGAAAAAUAAUUUCUACCUUAUGUUUUUCACAUGCUCAACGGAAAGGUUUCGUAGUUUUUUAUACAAGACCCUUUUCAAAUAAUAAUUUGUCACCUCAGUCACAUUAUAAUAUCAUUGCUGACCAUACUUUGACACUUAUAUAAUACGUUCUAUACAGCUGCAGGUCUCCUAGCGUCUUAAUCAUCUAUCUCAAGAGGUAAUCUGUGAACAGCACUGUGGGCUGCGUUAUUGCGUAUAUUAAUGUUACUGUUACUAUCUGUAUGUAAUAUAUAUAAUGUAGCUGUUAGAUGUUCCACUUUGAAUAAAUAAAUAAAUAAAUAAAUAAAUGUUACUUCUGAAUGAAUCUGAAUCUAAGGUUACGAACUCAUAUGUUAAAAUCAAUCAAGCAGUUUAGACUCUACUGCCUCCGCCCAUCUAUGAGUCAGGUAGACUAGAAGAUCAUCAGUUGAUCGACCCCGAUGAAAACCGUAUUGGCGGUCACUAAUCAGCUGGUGAUCCUCAAGGUAGGUACCGCAUGAGCUGGCAGUUUAUAAUGGAUGCCAUUAUUUUGGAGAACAAGAAGAGGUGAUUGUGAUAGGCCUGUUGUUGGACGGGUCUGAGCGGUCGCCUUUUUUAGGAAUCGGGUGGACGAAAGGUGUCUGCGACGAAUUCAGGACUAUGCCUUGGGAGUAGGAGUACCGGAAAUGAAGCGUUAAAACCGGUGCAAACUCCGGAGCACACGUCUUCAGCACAAUGGGAGGGACUCCAUCAGGCCCACUCGACUUUCUGACGUCCGGGGAGAGGAGUGCUUUGCGAACCGAGCGCUGUGUAAACCACACAUCCGUCAUGGUCACACCGCGGAAUGGUCGGCGGUGUGCUCCCCUCGUCAUCGAGAGUCGAGUUGGAUUUUACAGGAACUGGCCAUAAUUCUAAGAUCUGGCCAAUACCUAUAUAAAGUAUCUUUAUUAAAACUAUAAGAAUAAUGAGAGUUUUGCAAUAAUUUCAGUUUUUAUCAGUUAAUUUAUAGAUAAAGAAACUAAUGCGUACUAAACGUUUUUAUAGAUUAGAAAUUAAACUUAGAAACAUCUCAGAUCAGAAAAUCUGUAUUUACAAUCCAACCAACUUAAUAAAAGUG